ACAAAUAAUUGAUAAUAUAUCUAAGUCUUAUCCUAUCUGCUAGAUAAUGGGCUCUAGGAAUGAGAUUAUGGAAUAUAGGAAGGAGAGAAUUGGGAAAUUCAUGCAGAUGGAAGAAGAGGAUGACGAACUGUUUUUUGUAAUUGUUCCUGCCAUACUUCAAGGUCUAAAUGAUGAAAAAAGGCCAGUACUUACUUCACAAUAUACUGGUGCUAAAAAGAUGAAAGAAAUUCUUGAGGGGCAUGAGAGUUGGUGUAGGUCAGAGUUCCGCAUGGAGCCAGAGAUAUUUAAGGCUACAUCAAAUUAUCUUAGGCGGGAGGGUCUACUUCGUGACACACGCGGUGUUAGAGUUGAGGAGCAAUUGGGAAUGUUUAUGUUCAUGAUCUUGCACAAUGCUAGCAAUGAAAGGAUGCAAAAGGCAUUUCAACAUAGUGGUGAAACGAUCCACAGGCACAUAAAGGCGUUUUUUGAUAUAAUUCCUACUCUCACCUACAAAUUCCUGAAGCUUCCUAGUUCCAACCAAACUCACCCCAAGAUUGCAUCGGACCCUCGAUUUUGGUCAUUCUUUAAGGUGAGCCAUAUACAUUAGAUCCAUCAAUU